AUGGUAGGCCGACAUCCGACUAUUCAAAAUGCAAAAUACAAACAGCUGUCUUCUAACUCGGAUGCAGACGAAGAAAUAUUUACAAGUAAACCGAAAGGAAAAUGGUCCGAUAUUUGCGUUCAAAAAAGUAUUUUAUCAUUGGGGCUCAUCUUAUCAUAUUUUUCUCUGUCGAUCGGCUUAACAUUUUAUCAAAGAUGGCUUUUAAAGGAUUUCCACUACCCACUUACAGUGGUGAUGUACCACCUUGUAAUAAAGUGGAUACUGUCAGUAUUUGUGAGAACAAUUUUGUAUUUAACUACUGGUGUUCCUCAGUUAGUCCUAUCAUUUAUGACAUGCCUGCGGUCAGUUGGUCCUACUGGUUUUGCUAGCGGAAUUGAUGUGGGCUUUUCAAAUUGGGGCCUUGAGUUAGUCACAAUUUCUCUUUAUACUAUGACUAAAUCAACCACUAUAAUAUUUAUACUCGGAUUUGCAAUAUUUCUUGGACUUGAAAAAAAGUCGUGGUCUCUUGUGGGCAUUGUCCUCAUGAUCGCAGCAGGCCUAAUCAUGUUUACGUACAAGGCGACGCAGUUUAAUCUUCUUGGGUUCUAUUUCCUGCUCUUGGCAUCGUUCGCGGCCGGACUGCGAUGGUCGUUUGCCCAGCUUCUCAUGCAGAAGUCGAAGCUUGGCCUCCAUAAUCCUGUGGACAUGGUGUAUCAUGUGCAACCCUGGAUGUUUCUGUCACUACUUCCAUUCACUAUUAUGUUUGAAGGUUCUGCUUGCUUCGAUUAUUUGCUGUCCCUAUCGCCUGAGCAACUAGUACCCACUAUCCUGAAAGUGUCGGUGGGUGCCACCAUAGCAUUCGCAAUGGAAAUCAGCGAGUUUCUAGUCGUCACAUACACUUCAAGUCUCACAUUAUCAAUCGCAGGAAUAUUUAAGGAAAUGUGCAUUUUAAUAUUGGCAGUGGAGGUGAGCGGCGAUCAGUUGAGCCCUAUCAACGUAGUUGGACUGUCGCUAUGUUUAUUGGGGAUAAUCGGCCACAUUGUUCAUAAGGUGUUAUUCAUAAAGGCGGUCACAAGUACUGUAAGGGCUCUCAAAACUGACAACUUCGAUCAAAUAGGUAAGACAAGGCCUCCCAAACAAGCUGGAGAACACAACAUGCCGCUUCUGGAAGACUUGAAAUGCCAAAGCGGAAUGAGCGAGGAUAGCGACUUGGAUACAAAUACUAUAUUACAUGAAAUACUUCAAAGAAGAGACGGAAGAUAG